CACUCUGAGAGAAACAGUGGAAGAGUGCAGUGCGUUAUUGCAGCGUGCAGCAAAUAAAAUUUUCGAUCCCAAAUCUCAAGUUCAAUUAUAAUAAUCUUCAAGUCGCAGCUCAGGCUUUCAACCGUUUCAAUCUAAAGAUAAGCUAAUAACUAGCCGCAUCAAAAUGGGCAGCCAACAACACGACUUGAACCAUUACUUUGAUUUUGUCAUGAAACUGACUAUCGACUCCGCGAAGGUGAUCAGAGAAGCUAUCCAAGGUGGUAAAAACAUCGAAACGAAAGCUGGUGACUGGGACCUGGUAACGCAGUACGACCGAAAAGUGGAGGAGAUCCUGAUAUCUGGAUUAAGCAAGGAAUUUCCCACCCACAAAUUCAUUGGCGAGGAAACCGUCUCCACCAACAAUCAUUUGCCAGAAUUGACCAAUGCACCAACAUGGAUAAUCGACCCCAUCGACGGAACUACAAAUUUCGUGCACUCGUUUCCUCACACUUGUAUAUCAAUUGCUCUGGCAAUAAACAAAGAGUUAGAGAUUGGCAUCGUCUACAAUCCGGUUCUUGAACAACUAUUCACAGCAAGAAAAGGACGCGGAGCUUUUCUCAAUGGGAAAUCAAUCAGAAGUUCAUCCGUCGAAGAACUCGCAAACUCUUUGAUCUGCAUUGAAGCUUCCUACGCGACAAUCGAAGAUAUCCGAGACAUAAUCCUCGGUAGACUGGAAGCAUUCGUCUCAAUCGCUCACGGAAUCAGAACUCUCGGUUCGGCUGCAUUGACACUUUGUCACGUAGCAAUGGGGGCCGCAGAAGCGUAUCACACCGACAACCUGAUGCCUUGGGACGUGGCUGCCGGUACCCUAAUAAUAAAAGAGGCUGGUGGCUGUGUGAUAGACACGAAUGGUGGCAAUUUCGAAGUCAUGAGUCCCAAAGUCCUGGCAGUGGGCAAUCGCAAGUUGGCGCAGGAAUUGGUCAAGCUGAUAAAACACGCGGAUGCGAGAACACAACAGAAGCGGCUCCGGAGCAUCCAGGCAUAAUAGUUAUUACGGAGUUGGAAGUUUCAUCUUCAAAUUUUAGUAUUUUUAUACACUACACUACAUGGCGCGGAUUAAACCCGAGUCAUUCCAUCCCAUCGAUUGUAACCGAAGUCAGUCGCUGGACCCAGCACGCUUAUAUAUUAGCUAAAUUUGUUACAUCUUAUAUAAAUUGUAAAUAUUUACUUAUCGAUAAAAUUAAUUAUUCGACAUAGGACAGUUACAACAUUGGUAAUUUUUUAAAUGUCCAAAUACCUUUGCGGUAACUAUAAUUUUACCAAUAGCAUCUCAAUUUUUCAUCUCUAAUUCUUCUUCAUAAGUAUAAACUAUAGAUAAACGUUGUUGAAUCAUAUUUUUCAUUGAAAAAUAGAGGUAUUUUUGCAAUUACCGCAAGUAAAUAAAGAAUUUUAAAUAUUA